GGACCUGCUUCCGCUUCCCGCCGCGGCGCGCGCGCUCUGCUCUCGGCCAAGUUAGGAUUAUGGCGGCUACGGCCACGAUGGCGACUUCGGGCUCGGCGCGGAAGCGUCUGCUCAAAGAGGAGGACAUGACCAAAGUGGAGUUCGAGACCAGCGAGGAGGUGGACGUGACGCCCACGUUCGACACCAUGGGCCUGCGGGAGGACCUGCUGCGCGGCAUCUACGCCUACGGUUUUGAAAAACCAUCAGCAAUCCAACAGCGAGCUAUCAAGCAGAUAAUUAAAGGGAGAGACGUCAUUGCACAGUCCCAAUCUGGUACAGGCAAGACAGCCACCUUCAGUAUUUCAGUCCUCCAGUGUUUAGACAUACAGGUUCGAGAAACCCAGGCUUUGAUCUUGGCUCCAACAAGAGAGUUAGCUGUACAGAUUCAAAAGGGCCUGCUCGCUCUGGGAGACUACAUGAAUGUCCAGUGCCAUGCCUGUAUUGGGGGCACCAACGUCGGGGAGGACAUCCGGAAGCUGGACUAUGGGCAGCAUGUUGUCGCUGGCACUCCAGGGCGUGUCUUUGAUAUGAUUCGUCGCAGAAGUUUAAGGACUCGGGCAAUCAAGAUGCUGGUUUUGGAUGAGGCUGAUGAGAUGUUGAAUAAAGGUUUCAAAGAGCAGAUUUACGAUGUGUACCGGUACCUGCCCCCAGCCACACAGGUGGUCCUCAUCAGCGCCACUCUGCCUCACGAGAUCCUGGAAAUGACCAACAAGUUCAUGACAGACCCCAUCCGUAUCCUGGUGAAGCGUGAUGAACUGACCCUGGAAGGCAUCAAACAGUUUUUCGUGGCAGUGGAAAGAGAAGAGUGGAAGUUUGACACCUUGUGUGACCUCUAUGACACUCUGACCAUCACUCAGGCGGUCAUCUUCUGUAACACCAAGAGGAAGGUUGACUGGCUGACAGAGAAAAUGAGAGAAGCCAAUUUCACCGUGUCCUCGAUGCAUGGUGACAUGCCUCAGAAGGAGCGGGAGUCCAUCAUGAAGGAAUUCCGGUCUGGUGCCAGCCGAGUGCUCAUUUCCACAGACGUCUGGGCCCGGGGGCUGGAUGUCCCCCAGGUGUCCCUCAUCAUCAACUAUGACCUGCCCAACAACAGAGAACUGUACAUACACAGAAUUGGGAGAUCGGGUCGAUAUGGCAGGAAGGGUGUGGCCAUCAAUUUUGUGAAGAAUGACGACAUCCGCAUCCUCAGAGACAUCGAGCAGUACUAUUCCACUCAGAUUGACGAAAUGCCUAUGAAUGUUGCUGACCUGAUCUGAAGACCCUGCCCCUAUGCUGAAGAUGAACUGGGGACUGUGGCCUGUUUUGUAUGCCCAUUUGAAAAUGUGUAGGGGCAGUUUAUAUUUAAUAGGAUUGAUGUGAACUCUCUUCUUAUAGCAGCCCCCAGGAAGAGCCCUGGGGACUUUGCCACUUUUUCUUAUCCAUGUGUAAAUAAUGCAUUGCUCCAAGUCUUUUUCAUUAAACAUUUAAAAAUUUCCCGUAAA